AGCCACUCAGGUGCCCUACGGACUUUAUUUUUAAGAGUUGGCUCUGGAUCCGUUUCAUGCCUUUAUUCCAGACUCCAGGCUAGAGAGGCCGCCCAGCGCAGGUGGAAGAGAGCAAGGGUAGAAUCACUGUGGGGCUCUUACAGCUUCUGCUCGGAUGUGGCAGAAACAUGUCUGCUCAAAUUCAGUAACUGAAGCAAGCCACUCCGUUUUGAGGUUCCUGGAUCUGAAACAAACUGAUCUGAAACAAACAUGGACCCAGCCAGCGACCCUGCUGCACCAAGGCACAGUGAAUCGUGCCCAGGCCUCGUUUCCGGCCCGCACCUUGGCUCCACCUUUAUACAGAGGUGGGGAGGAGACCGAGUCGCCAUUCUGGCUCUGGGGUCCCGCCGGCCUGCCUUUACCCCUUUUGCAGGCCGCCCUGCCCGCCCACCUGCCCCCACCCUCUAUGAGAUGAGUGACACUCAAGACUUGGCCACUUUCCCCGCGGUUGCCACCCAGGUGAAGCCGGGGGGCUGGAGCCGUCAAGGUGGGGGGAGUGGGUCCGUCCAUCAGCGCCGGCACCAGGAGCUCCAGGCCUUUCUUAACCUGCUGGAGCACAGUUUCCUCCAGGAAUUUCUUUCCAAAGAUCCCUGUUUCCAGAUUUCGGAUAAGUAUCUCCUGGCCAUGGUGCUGGUCUACUUCCGGCGCGCCAGCCUGAGGCUCCGCGAGUACACCCACAGCAACUUGUUCCUGGCUCUGUUUCUUGCAAAUGACAUGGAGGAGGAUGUGGAGGACCCCAAAUGUGUGAUUUUUCUGUGGGCCCUGGGAAAAGAUUGGCACCUCCAGGUGGCAGACUUCCUGCAUCAAAGGGAUAAGCUGUGGGCCCGGAUGGGCUUCCGGGCCAUGGUGAGCCGCGAGUGCUGUGAGGAGGUCAUGGCCAAGGAGCCGUCCCACUGGGCCUGGACUCGAGAGCGACGCCCCCAGCACGGUGGGGCUCAGAGGGGUCCAAAGGCCCGGGGCCCCCUCCCUGGGCCCCCCAGCCUCUCGCCACCUCACUGUUCCCUCUGUGGCUGGCCCCCUUCCCACAGCCACUGCCCCCACCAGCCCCACCCCUUGCCUGUCUUAUCCAAGUGCCCUUCCCCAAACCCUGAGUGGCAUUGCCCUCCCCUCCAAGCUUGUCUCUCAGUAGCUGAAGACCCCUUGGUGGGGGGCUUCCUCAUCAUCCCGCCCCCCCAACUGCAACUGGAGCCAGGCACCUACAGUCUCCACAUCCUCCCGAAGCCUCCACCAUGCCCUGGACACUGACACUUGUGGGGUGAAGAGUAGCCCACCUGCUUGCCUGCUGACCCAAGCCCCACUGGCUGCAUCCCCCACCCCAAGCCCUCUGUCUUACUGGCCUCAGGCUGGCAGAGCUGCCCAGGCCCCCUGUCACCUCCUCCCAAAUGUACCCACUCUGACCC